UGCGCCCUCCAACGAUUCCAACCCAACAGUUUACCAUAUACUCCAUAUAUACUCCUGUUCCACCACAUUACAUUCUAGUCAGGGAGAGAGGGGAAAAAAGAAAAGAAGUUUUUACCUUUUAGAGAGAGAGAGAGAGAGAGAGAGAGAGAGAGUCGUGAAUAGGAAUUAGGAUCUGGUCUCUCUUUCUCUCCAUUGAGCAUUGUGUCGGUUAUAUAAAGGCCGAUACAAUAACAAGGCAACGUUUGAUUCUUCUUCUUCCCCCACCACUUUUGGCCUCCGGGAACCUUCCUUUCUCUCUCUCCCCUCUCUUCUCACAGGUUCUCUCUCUUGGAUGGCUUCUUCGUCACAAGCAAGCCUUCUCCUCCAGAAACAGCUCAAAGAUCUCUGUAAACACCCCGUCGAUGGCUUUUCCGCUGGUUUGGUUGAUGAAAGCAAUUUAUUCGAAUGGAGUGUCAUGAUUACAGGACCCCCUGAUACUUUAUAUGAGGGAGGAUUCUUCAAUGCCGUCAUGACCUUCCCAUCCAAUUACCCGAACAGCCCUCCUACAGUGAGGUUUACCUCAGACAUAUGGCAUCCAAAUGUGUACCCUGAUGGAAAAGUUUGCAUCUCAAUUCUUCAUCCACCUGGGGAUGACCCGAAUGGCUAUGAACUUGCAAGUGAGCGUUGGACACCAGUUCAUACGGUUGAGAGCAUAGUUUUGAGCAUCAUAUCAAUGCUUUCAAGUCCAAAUGACGAGUCUCCUGCGAACGUGGAAGCUGCAAAAGAAUGGAGAGAUAGAAGGGAUGAUUUCAAGAAGAAAGUCAGUCGAUGCGUUAGAAAGUCGCAAGAGAUGUUGUGAUACUGCAUCUGCACCUCUUUCGCCAACUUUUGUUAUGACAGUUGUGUUUGAUGCGUUAGAAAGUCGCAAGAGAUGUUGUGAUACUGCAUCUGCACCUCUUUCGCCAACUUUUGUUAUGACAGUUGUGUUUCAAAGCGUGCAACGGGAGUGUGGCUGUCGACCAGACUAUUUAUAUAGUGUCAUCUAUGUAGAAUUCCGCAAAAUUAUCAUCCUCCAUCCAUUAUCUAUGUUCCUUUUGGACAUACAAAUUUCGGAUAUUUAAUGUUGAAGUGCAUCUUUUUUGUGUUGAACUUUGUGAUUGUAUUAACCUUAUUCUUGCUAAACUAGUAAUACCCUGGCUGAUGAAUCACUUUCA